GGCUUGAUUCGUCUCUUGUCAACAGGCAACACACACACACACGCUUUCGCCUAACUCGCUAAACCAACCGGUUUAUACACUGUGCCGUCACGUUACACAAAAUAGUGCGGGGGGUCACGAACGUCAAGAGGUCAUUGUCUAGUGUGGUAGUUUCGGACGUGAGUUGAAGACGGGUAUUAGUGGAAUAUAUAACAGAAUGAACUUACGGUGAUGUGGGGAAUAAUAUCAGGAAAGAUUCAAUGUAUUUUUAUUAUUUAUGUACUUACAUUGAAACAAGCAGGUGCCCAGGAAUGGCCGGACGUCCUAUACAGACCAGAGGGUCGGUGUAACAGGGGUUGUUCAUGUCGAGAUCUGAAAGGAGAAAUGGGGUUUACAGGAAUGAAGGGUCAGCCCGGAAUGGAUGGAGGAAGAGGAUCAACUGGACCUGAAGGUCAUCCUGGGUUAAAAGGUCAAAAGGGUGAAACUGGAUACGUCGGAAAUGAUGGCGAAAAGGGCGAAUUGGGUCCAGCCGGGUCGCAAGGUGUACCUGGACCAUCGGGACUACCGGGACCAAUCGGACCACGUGGAGCUCAAGGUGUACCUGGUCCCAGAGGUGAUGAUGGUAUGGUUGGACCACGUGGUGGGAAGGGUGAAGCUGGUUUUAAUGGUGAGAUGGGACCACGUGGCUAUCGUGGGCCAGUUGGAUUACCUGGUUUAGCAGGAAGUAAUGGAAAAAAUGGACAAGAUGGUGAACUUGGACCAUCGGGACCUCGUGGUCUUCCUGGUUGUGAUGGAUUGAAUGGUAGCCAAGGACUUGAUGGACGACAUGGUAGACCUGGUUCACCAGGUCCUAGAGGUCCUCCUGGAAUAUCUGUUCGGGGUCCUCCUGGACCUCCUGGUUCAUCAGGACAAUUCUCUGUGGAAGGGGCCAGUUUUAUUCAAGAAUGGAUCCAGAAAGGAGGGGCUAUACCUGAAGGUGAAAAGGGACAAAAAGGAGAACGGGGUUAUACAGGAAUUGGUGUAGCUGGUCGAGAAGGUGAAAUGGGACCACCAGGACCCAGAGGUUUUCCAGGAGAGCAAGGAGAACGGGGUUUCACGGGUCUUCCGGGUACAUCAGGUCAACCUGGACAACCAGGGGAAACAGUGUUUGGAGAACGCGGUCUAAAGGGUGACCCUGGUGAACGGGGUAUCCCUGGUCGUGAUGGUAUUACUGGUUUACCCGGAUUGAAAGGAGACCUCGGUGUUGGGCGUCCUGGACUUGAUGGGUACCCAGGGGAACCUGGUCCAAAAGGAGAUCGGGGACCGAGAGGUUUGGAAGGACAGUCUGUUCGAGGUCUGCCGGGUUUGCAGGGUAGACAAGGUCCUCAGGGUCCCCCUGGGCCAGUAGGUGUCGGUCGACCAGGGCCUGCUGGCCUUGAUGGGCUACCUGGCCCGAAGGGAAAUCCCGGGAGAGAUGGUUUAGAGGGAUUGCCCGGUAGAAAAGGAGAAUCUGGAGAACCUGGUCUUCCCGGACGAGCCGGAGCUGAUGCUACAAGUACUGGUAUAACUUUUGGGAGACCUGGACCUGAAGGACCUAGAGGGUUACCUGGUAUUGGUAUUAAAGGAGAAGCCGGACGAGAUGGAAUUCCAGGAGAGCCCGGUGGUCCCGGCAGGGAUGGUAUACCUGGUUCGAGAGGCGAGGAUGGAUUACCUGGAUUACCCGGGCCUCAAGGAGAAGGAUUACCAGGACCAAAAGGAGCAAGAGGAGGCCCUGGCUUCCCUGGAUUACCAGGUGAUGACGGCAUACCAGGAGAAAGGGGGCCUCGUGGUUAUACAGGAGAAACCGGCCAACCAGGAUUAGAUGGACUGCCAGGAACAGUCGGUCCUCCCGGUCUUGAGGGGCCAUCAGGACAGAAAGGAGAAAGGGGUUUUCCGGGAUCUGAUGGACGUGAAGGAUUGUCCGGACCUCCCGGGGAUAUAGGACCACGGGGAUUUACGGGUCCAAAGGGGUCACCGGGAACUUCUUUAUUAGGCGUGAAAGGGGAUCCAGGAGAGCCGGGGAUAGGACUUCCAGGGCCUCCAGGAAUAGAUGGGCUUCCUGGACUCCGUGGUGACCCAGGUCCGGUUGGACCAACCGGCGACGACGGAUUGUCGGGUAGUAAAGGAGAAAGAGGUAUACCAGGAUUUCGAGGCAAGCCUGGAGUUCCAGGCCCACCAGGAGUUAGUGGGGAAAUUGUAUUGGGAGCAAAAGGAGAGAAAGGUAACGCUGGUCUCAAUGGAUUGCCUGGAGUACCAGGUGAUUCUGGACCAGUAGGACGCCCUGGAUCACCGGGUCCUCGUGGAGAACUUGGUAUGACUGGGGCUCCCGGAUUAGAUGGUUUAACUGGUGAGUCGGGAAGGCCGGGUUUUGAUGGUGUGCCAGGAGAACCUGGGCCUCAGGGUUCUCCGGGACGUGACGGGAGACCUGGACAAGAUGGGUUACAGGGUCUACCGGGACAAAGAGGAGAACAGGGAGAACCAGGAAUUGGCGAACCAGGACCAAGAGGAUAUCCUGGGGAAAAGGGUGAAUCUAUUGUUGGACCACGUGGACAGACAGGACCACGGGGAGACCUGGGUAUACCAGGUUUAGAUGGUGAACGAGGUCUGCCCGGUUUACCUGGGAUUAAGGGUUCCCGUGGAGAGGCAGGUUUUGGCAUUGAAGGACCUAAGGGUGAAGUUGGUGAGCCUGGUCUGGGAAUUCAAGGACCCCGUGGAUUUCCUGGUGAGGAAGGUCGUCCAGGAGAAAGAGGACCACGCGGACCAGAUGGGCUACCAGGUUUUGGCGAACCAGGACGUCCUGGUGAACCUGGUAUUGGAAGAGAAGGCCGUAAAGGAGAUCAGGGAGAACCGGGUUUCGGUGAAAUAGGACCCCCAGGGCCCAUAGGUAUACCAGGUCCCUCGGCGUAUGUUUAUGCUCGACACAGUCAGUCACCGAGAGAUACAGGUUGUUACAAUAAACACCCUGUCUUAUGGCAGGGCUAUAGUUUAUUACAUACAGAGGUAGAGGGCAAAGCUCACGAACAAGAUUUAGGUGCAGCCGGAUCAUGUCUGCCUCAUUUCGCACCGAUGCCAACUUUAUUCUGUAAUAUUCACGAUACGUGUUAUUAUGCCAGUCGGACCGCAACAAGUUACUGGUUAUCUACCGACUACGAUAUGCCGAUGAUGCCGGUCGGAGGAGAAGAGAUGUACAGAUACGUCAGUCGGUGUGCCGUCUGUCAGUCACCAACUCCCAUGAUAGCGGUACAUAGUAUGACCACACGUGUCCCCUUCUGUCCGGAGGGUUGGGCACCCAUGUGGGCAGGCUACAGUUUUAUUAUGCAUGCUAUUGGAUCCGCGGCCGGGGGUCAAUCCCUCUCCAGUCCUGGUAGUUGUCUAGAAACAUUUACAACACGACCAUUUAUAGAGUGCACUAGCCGAGGACAGUGUCAUUAUUUCUCGGAUAAAUUUAGUUUUUGGUUAGCCGGGGCCACAGAGAGAGAACGACUUACCCCCGAAAAGGAAACGUUGAAGGGAAAUCAACAUCUACGACGUGUCGGACGCUGCGUUGUGUGUAUGGUCAAGCCCCCAGGAGAAUAAAAAGAUAAAUCGAAAGUAGAAUUAUUUAGAUAAUCGUGCAAUCCAUCCAUUCACCAUGAUCAAGCUGUACAGAUUUCGAAUGUUUUUGGAACUGAGAACAAUUAUUGCCGAUCAAAUCGUUUAAUGAUAUCCUUCCGCCGUUUAUGACUGCAAAACACCGGAUGAUUCCAUUCCUGAGAUAGAAGGCGAUGAUUCCAUUCCGGAUAGAAGACGAUAAAACUGCGCUAAAAGAGCAUUAUUGAAUAGUAACUUUUUUUAACGCAGUUUUGUCGAUUGCAUAUUAUUCAAUGAAUAAAUCAUCCCGAAUAAACACUUAAGGAUUAGACGAUGGGAUUGGCGGAAAUCCACGGGGAUUGGCGGAAAUCCACGAGGAUUGGCGGAAAUCCACGGGGAUUGGGAGGAAUAGAACUCAAAAACUUGCCAUAUUUAUGAAUAUAUACACACCUUCAAUAUAAUAUUUUAUAAUAUUUAAAGAAAUACGAUAUAUUUUUGUACAUUUAUAUAUAGUUUAAAUAUUUAAACAUUUUAUAUUCUCUGUGAUUUUCUCGUAUUUUAUAAUGAUAUUAUUUAUAUACAAACACGCUAGUGUCGAUUAUAGCUACAUAGUUCUAAUAUCCUGGUGCUGUCUAAGACUCGUUGCCAAAUGUUGGGGGUA